CCUUAUACCGAUUAUUAAUAAACUGCAAGACGUCUUCACAACGGUUGGCGGUGACGCUGUGCAUUUGCCCCAAAUUGUCGUCGUUGGCGCUCAGGUUCGUGAUAGUAUUUUGGGGGUUACUUUUGCUUUAUGCAUCUUUUCACGAACUGCUUUUUGGAACAGUAAAUCUCAAUAAAGAUCAUUACUGUGUCCGCGUUUUCUCGUAAUGAACUUCAAUGCUUAGUAAGAGAUCAGUAGUUUUUCAGAUGCUUUGACGACAUAUGCGAAGAAAUCUUUCGUAGCAUCUCGAACAAUUUACCUUGAUAAUUGCUGCUUAAUCGUAGUAAAAGUGAGUUUACAAAAGGGGAAAUAAAGCACAUAUUAGAGAACGUUUAUGUGCUUUCGUAUAUGUAAACGGUUCUGCUGCAACUACAAGUUGGAUGUUAGCAGUGGAAAGAAUCACAAACAAGAAGUUUCGAGACCUUCUUAAAGAGCAUCUUAUAAGAAACAGCACGAAGGGAAAUUGAACCCGGCGGCUUGUGAUGGACACCGAUGCUAGAGAUAUGUUUAAAGAGCUUAACCGAGAUUCGAUCUCUACAAACGGUCAGUCAUCUCGCUAACAUGUGUUGGAAAAACAGGUGUGGACGUUUUGAGCUUUCUCGUCUUUGUGGCCAAUGAAGACAAAAUACAGAGGAAAUGUUCAUAAUAAGACAUACUGAAAUCCUUGGGACGUCAAAAGCGAAGCUUUGGUGGCGUGAAAUAAAGCAAAUAGGUAACAAAAGUAGCUGUAGCUACUUUGUUCCCUUAAGAAAUAUUGGUGAUGACGGGUGUGCUAACUUGCGAAAAGUUCUUUAUUGGUCGAGACAAUCAUAUUGCAUUUUGUAGCCGAACGUAAUGAAAGUCUCCUGAAACUCUUUGAGAGAAACAUUUAACACACGCCAUAGUUGCUUGGUCAUUAGAAGAGAGACAUAAUGCGCUGAAAAAAUGACAUAACAGAAAGGAUUACGCUCUGAAAAUUCACCAGUGACAUGAAUAAAGCAAUAUUGUAGCUCUCUAGAAACAUUUAGUAAGUUGCGAAUUGUUGAAAUUCAAGUCUAACAUUUUUGCUAUACAGCCGCAUAAAAUUGAAACGUUUAACACACACAAGGUUGGCGUUCGUAAACCGUUGAUGCAAUGGAAAUCCGAAAAUUUCCCGAGAAAUAUUUUCCUUGUUCGUGUAUUAAUAGCGCCGAUGAAGACUACAUUUCGUCAUAAAUUAGCUGGUUUUGGGAUUAUGGGAACCCGUACCUCGUAUCGUUCAAUGACUAGUUAGAUAAAUCCUAAUUUUGUUUAUUUCAAAUCUAAGUUCCACGUAAAUAAGUCUACCGCGUGUUCCUACUCAUUGUACGUUGCAGUCUAGUUGUCUAAUUUUUACGGCAGAGUUUUUGCACAGCAAACUGACAUCAUUUUUAUUUAUCCGCUGAAGUCUUAGUUUCUGUUGUAGCAAUUGCUCGUAGGAACAAAGCUUGCAUAUCUGACGGCUAGUUGCAGAAACAACACAGUUCAUCUACUGUAGCCUAGCGAGCAGAUUAUGCAAGUAAAAAACGAGAGGUGAACGACACCCAUGCCACUUUCGGGUCGGGUCGGGCGUUUUUUGCUGCCGUUGUGGUAUCAUUCUGGCCUUGCUUGGCAAGUUACAAAUUGCAAAUAGUGUCGCCUGGGCUACCCUUUACUCAACUAGUGAGUAUCAGCAUCAUUUGCCGAGUGGCUGAUUGACCACCAACCUGGUCAUUUACAUCGGUUGGUUUGCUACUCUCUUGAACUGACCAAUUUUGACUGCGAGAAAGCAAGCUCAAUUGUUCAGCUCAUGAAGCUGGAAUAUUUCAUGCGGACGCCUGCAGCCCUUAUUAAUAGACAUUUUUUUACAAAAUAGUGCGGGUAUUACCCGUCUCUACGGCGGUAUGCCACGAUCAAAAGGCUUAGUUACUUCUCCGCUAAGUGACGGGACGCAACUACUGCAGCAGAACGAAGGGGCUCAUUCACUGACGAAUUUGUCGCCGUCGUUCGUGCACCGGAUAGAUUAUUGAAUUAGUGCAGGAAAAAGUUCAGUACUCGAAGCGAUUGUAGGUCGGGACUUCCUUCCUCGCGGUUCAGGAAUCGUCACUCGAAGACCACUGGUUUUACAGCUCGUUCACGUCGCAAAGGAUGACAAAACGCAUCGAAGUCUCGAAUCAGGGACGAUGGCAGUUGAAGAGUGGGGUGAAUUUUUGCAUCUCAAAAAUAAGGUUUUCACUGACUUCAAUGACAUUAGGGAAGAAAUUGAGAAAGACACCGACCGAGUUUCCGGUACGAACAAAGGUAUCUGUUUUGAAUCCAUUAACUUGAAGAUCUACUCAAACCGAGUUGUGAAUCUCACACUCGUCGAUCUACCUGGUUUGACGAAAGUUCCCGUCGGUGACCAGCCAGAAGAUAUCGAAUCCCAAAUCAAGGAACUCAUCCUCAAAUUUACAAUUAAUCCGAAUUCGAUUAUUCUCGCGGUGACGCCAGCCAACACCGACUUCGCGACAUCAGAGGCCAUCAAGCUAGCUCGAGAUGUCGAUCCCGAGGGUCGACGUACUUUGGCUGUCAUCACAAAACUCGACCUUAUGGAUGCGGGAACAGACGCUGUUGAUGUGCUCUGCGGUCGAGUCAUUCCGAUCAAGCUCGGCAUCAUCGGUGUAGUCAACAGAUCCCAACAGGACAUUAUGAACAAGAAGGAUAUUAGCGCGGCUCUCAAAGAUGAGGCAUCCUACCUUCAGCGCAGGUAUCCUGCUUUGGCAAACAGGAACGGCACCCCGUAUCUUGUUAAGACGUUGAAUCGUCUGUUGAUGCACCAUAUCCGCGACUGUCUGCCCGAGCUGAAGACCCGUGUCAAUGUGAUGAUCUCACAGUUCCAACAAUUACUUAAUUCGUAUGGCGAAACUGUCGAUGAUAAGGGUCAAACGCUCUUGCAGAUUAUCACCAAGUUCGCUUCGGCAUAUUGUGCCACCAUUGAAGGUACGGCUCGUAACAUAGAAACGACAGAGUUGUGUGGUGGCGCACGCAUCUGUUACAUCUUUCACGAGACAUUUGGAAGGACCCUAGACAGCAUCGAUCCACUGGCCGGACUUACGACGCUUGACAUUUUGACGGCAAUACGGAACGCGACCGGCCCGCGGCCAGCGUUGUUCGUCCCGGAAGUGUCCUUCGAAUUACUUGUAAAACGACAAAUUCGACGGCUGGAAGAGCCAUCACUUCGUUGUGUGGAACUUGUCCACGAAGAGAUGCAGCGAAUUAUUCAGCACUGUGGUAUCGAAGUUCAGCAAGAAAUGUUACGUUUUCCAAAGCUUCACGAGUCCAUCGUAGAGGUUGUUACACAGCUCUUGCGACGACGUCUUCCGCCAACCAAUUCGAUGGUAGAGAACAUAGUCUGUAUUGAGCUCGCGUACAUCAAUACCAAACACCCCGAUUUCCAUGACGCCACCCUUGUUCGGGGACUUUCGAAGGGCCCCGAAGAAAAGCGUCCGAUGAAGAGUGCUCUUGCGCACAGUUGCGAUCACGCGGGUCAGGGGGUCGUAAUGGCUAAUGGAGACGGGACUUCCAACGUCGACUUAAAAAUUAUGAAUAAGAGUACCUCGCUGCGAACAUUCAGCGCGAACCUGGAUGCACCUUCGUCUAUCCAGAAUGCGACGCCCACAAUCGCACCAGUUACAAACUCAGGUGGUUUCCUAGCUAACCUGAUGGGGGGUGGUUCAAGCCAAGCGACCCCGAGCAGUCAGGGAACGCCGGCACAUAAAACCAAGCAACCCGUCAGCCCUGUGAAGCCCACCAGCUUUUUGGCUGAAGUGCCUACAACGGCUCCGACACGAAAGCUCUCACCAUGUGAACAGCACGACUGUGAAGUCAUUGAGAAGUUAAUAAAGUCCUAUUUCCUCAUCAUUCGAAAAAAUAUCCAAGACUCGGUACCGAAGGCAAUCAUGCACUUCCUUGUUAAUCAUGUAAAGGAUAACUUGCAGUCGGAGUUGGUGACUCACCUGUACAAGCACGAGCAAUUCGAAACGCUGCUCGCGGAGAGCGAUCAUAUCGGCGCUCGUCGAAAAGAGGCCAUUGAAAUGCUCACUGCCCUGCAAAAGUCAAGUCUAAUUAUAGGAGAGAUCCGUGAAACUCAUAUGUGGUAAAGAAACUCAAUAAGCACGUGGCAUUUUUUGCCUAACGAGACAUGCACAGAAGAGAAGACAAAUGUGAACUCUAUAUACAGGAUGAUAUGAAGACAGUCGGAUAGUACAGGAUGCGGUUGGUGUCUUCUACGUGACUAUGGAAACGAGCAACAACCGCAAGGAGAUAACGAAGGCAUGGGCAACAAUGCGCCGUUACCCACUAUAGUAAUAGGAAUAUUAAUAGGCAGACAAAAAGAGAAAUCCGUAGCUAGUUAUAGUAAUUAUAGGACAA